UUCCUCUUACACAUCAAACUCAUUCCACUCAAAGACAAUUUACAGAGCUCGAAAAUCAGAAUAUUGAACUUUCAGUCAUAUUCUAUAACACUCGAAAAAGUCUACUCAAAGGGGAAUCAUUCAUACAAUUCUACCAGUCAAGAUGGCGACUCCAAUCGAGAUGGACGACAUUGCAAUCACCAUGGACAUCGAAGUUCUCAUGUCCAAACUCACUGUUCUCGAGAGGACCUUAAGCAACCAAUCCCAAAUCGAAUCGGAAUUCGAGGAUAAUGAUUCAAUCACCACAAUCUCUUCAGAUGACUUCAACGACCGAAGCAUGGACAUUCGAGACGCUCGACUUGCCAACUCUAUUCUGUCCCUGGACGAAGACAUCCCAGAACAUAUCGAUGCAAGCAUCAAAGAACUUCUCACAACACACAACAACACCACUGGAGCUUUGGGCUACAUGGAAUUCAUCGUCACCGAAGAGUACCUCGAAUACAAACACAGCAUUGCAGCCAAAAAAGCCACCGAGAAGAAACUUCCUCGAUCAAAGGGACGACGAUCUUCACAAAAACAGUCAACAGCAGUCACAGUCACCGAAGUGGACUGA